GGCGGCGGCGGCGGCGGCGGCGGCGGCGGCCUGGGCCCGGGUGCGGCGGUGGCGGUGGCGGUGGUGGCAGCGGGGCCUGGAGCCGGACCUAAGAUGGCAGCGGCGGCGGCGACGGCUGUGGGGCCGGGUGCGGGGAGCGCGGCGGUGGCUGGCCCGGGCGGCGCGGGGCCCUGCGCGACAGUGUCGGUGUUUCCCGGCGCCCGCCUCCUCACUAUCGGCGACGCGAACGGCGAGAUCCAGAGGCACGCGGAGCAGCAGGCUCUGCGCCUCGAGGUGCGCGCUGGACCAGACGCGGCGGGCAUCGCCCUCUACAGCCAUGAAGAUGUGUGUGUGUUCAAGUGCUCAGUGUCCCGAGAGACAGAGUGCAGCCGUGUGGGCAGACAGUCCUUCAUCAUCACACUGGGCUGCAACAGCGUCCUCAUCCAGUUCGCUACACCCCACGAUUUCUGUUCCUUCUACAACAUCCUGAAAACCUGUCGGGGCCAUACACUGGAGCGCUCUGUGUUCAGUGAGAGAACAGAGGAAUCCUCAGCUGUGCAGUACUUCCAGUUUUAUGGCUACCUGUCCCAGCAGCAGAAUAUGAUGCAGGACUAUGUGCGUACAGGUACCUACCAGCGUGCGAUCCUACAAAACCACACCGACUUCAAGGACAAGAUUGUUCUCGAUGUAGGCUGUGGCUCUGGGAUCCUGUCAUUUUUUGCUGCUCAAGCAGGAGCCAGGAAAAUUUACGCAGUGGAGGCCAGCACCAUGGCUCAGCAUGCUGAGGUCCUAGUGAAGAGUAACAACCUGACAGACCGCAUCGUGGUCAUCCCUGGCAAGGUAGAGGAGGUCUCAUUGCCUGAACAAGUGGACAUUAUCAUCUCAGAGCCCAUGGGCUACAUGCUCUUCAAUGAACGCAUGCUCGAGAGCUACCUCCAUGCCAAAAAGUACCUGAAGCCCAGUGGAAACAUGUUCCCCACCAUUGGUGACGUCCACCUCGCACCCUUCACCGAUGAACAGCUCUACAUGGAGCAGUUCACCAAAGCCAACUUCUGGUACCAGCCAUCCUUCCACGGAGUAGACCUGUCAGCCCUCCGAGGUGCCGCGGUGGAUGAGUAUUUCCGGCAACCUGUUGUGGAUACAUUUGACAUCCGGAUCCUGAUGGCCAAAUCUGUCAAGUACACAGUGAACUUCUUAGAAGCCAAAGAAGGCGAUUUGCACAGGAUAGAAAUCCCAUUCAAAUUCCACAUGCUGCAUUCAGGGCUGGUCCAUGGCUUGGCGUUCUGGUUCGAUGUUGCUUUUAUUGGCUCCAUAAUGACCGUGUGGCUGUCCACAGCCCCAACAGAACCCCUGACCCACUGGUAUCAGGUCCGGUGCCUCUUCCAGUCACCGUUGUUUGCCAAGGCUGGAGACACGCUCUCAGGGACAUGUCUGCUUAUUGCCAACAAAAGACAGAGCUAUGACAUCAGUAUUGUGGCCCAGGUCGACCAGACAGGCUCCAAAUCCAGUAAUCUGCUGGACCUGAAGAACCCCUUUUUCAGGUACACGGGCACAACCCCAUCACCCCCACCUGGCUCACACUACACAUCUCCCUCCGAGAAUAUGUGGAACACAGGAAGCACCUACAAUCUUAGCAGCGGGGUAGCUGUGGCCGGAAUGCCUACUGCCUAUGACCUGAGCAGUGUUAUUGCCGGCGGCUCUAGUGUCGGUCACAACAACCUGAUUCCCUUAGCCAACACAGGGAUUGUCAAUCACACCCACUCCCGGAUGGGCUCCAUAAUGAGCACGGGCAUUGUCCAAGGUAACAGGGUAGCGGGGCCGUGGGCGGGGGGCCUCCCGCCUGGCCUGCGCACACGCUCAAGCUACCAGUGGGGGCCAGGCAGGCUUAGGGGUCAUGCUGGCUCCUCAGUGCCCAUGACCUGCCCCACAGGCUCCUCAGGUGCCCAAGGAGGCAGCGGUGGCUCCAGUGCCCACUAUGCAGUCAACAACCAGUUCACCAUGGGUGGCCCCGCCAUCUCCAUGGCCUCACCCAUGUCCAUCCCAACCAACACCAUGCACUACGGGAGCUAGGUGCCUCCAGCUGCAACACCACUGCGCACUGACAGCACCAGGAAACCAAAUGAAGUCCACGCCCAGUGCAGCCGGUGGCUGUCCCCCUUGUUCUGGAGAAGUGUGAACACCCGGUCACAGCCCUCUUUGCAAUGGGAACUUGGACACUUUUGUACACGAUGUCGCCGCUGCCCUCAAGUAUCCCCAGCCCACCCUUUGGCCCUGAGCGCGUGUCGCUGCCAUGUUUUACAUGAGAUCCUGUUGGGGCAGCCCUCAUCCUGUUCUGCCCUCUCCAACCUGACCUGGCUUUGACAUCUACUGGAAGAGGCAAGCUCCCUUCACCCAGUCCCACACACACAGCUGCACCUGACCAGGCAGGAGGAAGCC